UAACCGGAAGCACUUUUUUGUUCCCACGUCGAAAGAAAUUAUGGCUUGAUGGCAGUGUGCAAACCUUACACGAAGAAAACAACGAAGUGGAAGCUUUAGCAUGUUGAUGUGUGGUAGGAUAGGUAUUUGCGACACGGCACUGUACGAACUACUUCUUAUGUGAAUGUCAACGUUAAUGUUUAAAGUAGAGAAAAAACUUAAGUAGCGUCUUGCUAGUAGUGUAUUUAGCUAACAAACUAGCAUAGCUAGCGACGUAUGUGGGAUAUUAGCUUUAUAUCUACUGUAUCUAGCUCACAAAUACAGUCGUAGUUCGUUGCACAUUGAAAGUAGAGGUGUGUGAUUUCAUACAAUUGCUAACUAGACGCACAGCUAAAUCACACCGUAUUUGUUUAACUAGAAACUGUUUUAUUGGAUGCACUGCUGGCUGCAGGAAACAUGGCUACAGGUAUAGCUUCGUAUUAUCAGUCAACUAUUGUUGUUUGCUAGCUAGUACUUGUGCUAGUCAGAGUACAUAUUCCGUUGGUGUUGUGUAUUGACACAGUCUAGCUGGCUAGUUUCUGUGCUACACGUUAGCACACAUAACUCAUUCCAGUGGAACAGGGCAAACUAACAUUAGCUAAUAGCUAGCUAGCUAGGUAGGUGCUUUAUCUAGCAGUCAGUCGUGGUGCAAUCAUGGACGAUUUCAGCUCAAUCAGCCUGCUAUCCCUCUCCAUGUUGGUGGGAUGUUAUGUCGCUGGAACUAUCCCCUUGGCUGUCAACUUUUCUGAGGAGAAGCUGAAGCUGGUGACGGUGCUGGGAGCAGGGCUGCUGUGUGGCACGGCCCUGGCUGUCAUCAUCCCAGAGGGCGUCCAUGCACUCUACCAGGAAGUCCUGGAAGGUGUGCACCAAGCUCACAACCACCCCGAGGGGGUGGAGGUGUCGGAGGCGAAGGGGGAGGCGGACACGCCGGUGGGGGCCGGUGGGGAGCACGUCCACAGCCACGAGCACCUCCAUGCCUGCAUCGGGGUGUCUCUGGUGCUGGGCUUUGUCUUCAUGCUCCUGGUGGACCAGAUCGGCAGCUCCCACGUCCACAGCAGCGAAGAUCCUGAGUCUGGAAGAAAUGGCAACUCUAAAAUCACCACCACACUGGGGCUUGUGGUCCAUGCAGCAGCUGACGGCGUGGCCCUCGGAGCGGCGGCCUCCACCUCCCAGACCAGCGUUCAGCUCAUCGUCUUUGUGGCCAUAAUGCUUCACAAGGCGCCGGCGGCGUUCGGACUGGUGUCCUUCCUGAUGCACGCCGGCCUGGAGAGGAACCGCAUCCGGAAACAUCUCCUGGUCUUCGCCCUGGCCGCCCCGGUCCUCGCCAUGCUCACCUUCCUGGGCCUGAGCCAGAGCAGCAAGGAGGCGCUGUCCGACGUGAACGCCACCGGCGUGGCCAUGCUGUUCUCGGCCGGCACCUUCCUCUACGUGGCCACCGUACACGUCCUGCCCGAGGUGGGCGGCACCGGACACAGCCACGCCCCCAAUGGGGGGAACGGAGGGAAGGGGCUGAGCAAGGUGGAGGUGGGGGCGCUGGUGCUGGGCUGCCUCAUCCCCCUGGUGCUGUCUGUGGGCCACCAGCACUAGACCAGCAGCUCUGGGAGGAGGGGGGAGGU